AAUUCUCUUUGCAACAUGCCUUGAACCAUGGCCGUGCAUGGUGACAAUGAAGCGCUUCCAGACGCCUAUCAGUUGGAACAAUUCUUCAGGGGUGGAAGGUCAGGGUCAACCUCGUGCACUUCUGAAAUACAACUCCAGCAUUUGAGAGGAGAUGGUGGACGGCCGCUCAACACUGAGACAAGAAACGAUGAAGUGUUGAAUCUUCCCGUGCAUCGUGAAUCAACAAUUAGUCGAGAGGUUGAAGGACUGCAGUGGUUUGAAGGUGCCCAAGAAACUGCAACGUCAACGGCGUCACUGACACCGAGUUGCACCAGUCUGGUGUUGGUAUGUGCAUUGAGAGGGGUGCCACUUUGGAUGCCCAUGACGUUCACGACGCCAAUUUUCAUCUCGCAAUUUUGUGUGUUGUACAUAGUGUCCUUUGCAUCCCCACAGUACUUGUUCGCGUCGGGUGCCUGGCUGGUUCCGAAUUCGAGCUCCAGCAGCCUCAAUGUGAUGAAGACCUUUGCCACCCUGCUGAUGCUGGGGCAGAUUGCGGAGGAGUUCCACGAGAUCAGUGAGUCGAUGAAGGUCCUGCGGCGCAGCAGAUUGAGCUACUCCUCAAGGGCCAAAGUGAAUUGUUGUUGGGGAGCCAUUGGUGCUCAGUACAUCCUCGCGCUGAUGGUCAUGGUUGCCUCGGCGCACCUGAUUUUGAGCCGCCAAAACCCCAUUGAACCGCUCUGGAUGACCUACUAUGUCUUCAUGACCUUGAACUUUGACAACAUGUUGGUCAAAUUCAUCAUGUACGUCCGCACCAUGCAACGUUCAACGACCUGGAAGGUUUCAAUUCUGGAGCCUGACACGCCAAGCUCCCAGAAGCGCACCCAGAGGAGGGACUGCGCCCAAAGUGUUGUGGUUCUCUGGAUUCCUUUGGUUCUCGCAGCUUCUGUCACCGUUUUCUCAAGAGUCUUCAACGUGCUUCCGAUGACGUUCCUUCGCUACGGCUAUGUUUCCAACCAUCGGCCAGUGGUGAUGUUCUCCUCUCUAUCCUUGCCGGCGGGCUGCUGUCCUGCUGUGGCCUCCAUCAAUAGCACUGCCUCUGGUUUCACUGGGGAUGAUGGUGUGAGUGUCAGCGUCCCGUGUUUGGCGCGAGACGCUCCUGAAGAUCUGGGUCCUCCACCCAUGGUGUAUUGGGUUGCCUGGUCAAGUCAUGGCAGCAGCCCCAGCAGUUUGCAAGUCCGGGAGGGUGUUGGCUCUGAUGGCUACAAAGCUGUGCUCUCAGGCCGUGUGGCUGUCCAUCCUUUGGAGCUGAUGACUUGGAUGCAACAGCGGGGCUACGAGGCAGCGCCAUGUGCUGACCGAGAUUCGCAGGGAUGGUUGGAGCCAGUUGGAGCGCGUUGGGACCGGAUCCCGAAGGGCCCGAAGCGGGACCCGGCAGAACCAGAAGUCGGGAUGUACAAACAAACCUUUCCAUACCUUGCGAACAUCCACAUCUUUCCAUUUCCGUGGGAUAAAGAAGUUGCUAUCUACGCCAUCGCUGAGAACCCGAAGACAGGCGCCUUGAGUCCCCGACCUGCCGUGUCCAACGUGUUGCACAGCAGACAGUGUCCAGCAAAUUGUGAACUCUGCAGCCACCUGGGGCAGUGCCGGAAGUGCAAGGAAGGGUACAGAAUCACGGACGAGAACACCUGCGAAGCAUGUACAGAAGAUUGUCUCAUUUGCGAAAUGGACGCAUCCCAGUGUUCGGAGUGCAAGGUGGGAUUUGGCCUGCUCAACUACGCGCAAAGUGAUCAUCAAGUGCAUGUUUGUGCGGCCUGUGGUAGUGCCAAUUGCAAGAACUGUGACCACAACCUCUUGAGCACCCUUGAGGUGCCACGUCGAGUGCCAUGUAAUGAGUGCGAGCCUGGUUUUGGCCUCGUGGAUCAUAGCAUAUGCGAGAAAUGCAUGGAUUCACACUGUCUGGAAUGCGACGGGAGCGCCAACUGCACCCAGUGCGAAUCGGGUUUUGCACUGCUGCAGGAUCCCGCGGGAAACAAGUGUGAUCCUUGCGGCCCAGCGUGCUUGUCAUGCCACUCACGAGAUGCCUGCGUUGAAUGUCAGGAAGCUUACGUGCUGAAAGAGGGGACAUGCGAAGCCUGCGCUCCGAAUUGUAAGAAUUGCACCCAGAGUGGGCCAGAGGCCUGCGAUAUGAACGGUUGCUACGAUGGUUUUGGGACAAAGUGGAAGAAAUUUUUAGGCUUUCCGAACAGGCGCGAAUGUGAACGCUGCGAAGCCGCGGAAUGCCUAGUUUGCGAGGGUAAGAGAAACAUCUGCCAGAAAUGCGAUAAGGACUUUGGUGUGACCGCGGGCGGGAGCUGCGUGCGCUGCGGCUUGGGCUGCGUGACCUGCCGAGGAGCAGGCAGUUGCUUGGAAUGUCGGGAGGGCUUUGUCCUGCAAGACGAGAAGUGCCUGGUUUGUUCCGACCGCUGCUUCAACUGCAGCACAGCUGGACCUGGGGGGUGCAACCGCAAUGGCUGUGCCAAGGGAUGGACCGCAAUCUUGGCGCAGUGGAAAGAGGCUGGUGACUUCUUGAAAUCAUGCAACUGA